CCAGGAGACUGACUCGCUUCCAGCAGCCUGGCCUCAGACCCGCCCUGUUGCCCUCCUCCCUCCUUUGUCUCUUUCCUGGGCAAACAGGUCACCUGGCCUCCACCUCUCGCUUUGUUCUCCAACACCUCCUGCUGGCUCUUGCAGAGGACGGGCUCCAGAGAGUGUCCAGCCAUUCUCUGUGCCCAGGCAGCCCGUCAGCAGUCACACCUGCCCUCUGGGGGUCGCUGCAAUGAUCACACCCCCUUGUCCUGCCAUCUAUAUACUGGAGUAAUGCAUAGGCGGAACUGAGGCAUGCACACAGUAUUCAGAGGAAACAUUAAGAACAGUCCCACUUCGUCACACCAAGAAACAAGCAUGACGGGUGGGAUCGCAUCGUAAUGCAGCUGUGGGAUGAUGAGCAGUGGCUGCACCCGCGUUCCUGGAUCUGUGCCAAGCUCUCCCCAGCCCUACGGCACCGGGACUCCAGCACGAGGGCUGCGCUGCCGGUGAAGAAGCAAGUGACAAUCGCACUGUGGAAACUUGCAAUGCUGGAUUGCUACUGGUCAGUGGGAAAUCAGUUUGGAGUUGGAAAAUCCACCGUGGGGUCCGUUGUGCUGCAGGGCCAUUGAUGGUCUCCUGCGAGGCAGGACUGUGACUCUGGGCAGCGUGGAUGGUUUUGCAGCAGUGGGGAGCGACAGCCAGCACGCACAUCCCUACUUUGACCCCAGAGUCCAUCGAGAAAGGGCGACUUUUCCAUGGCUACACAAGCGCCGGUGGAUCGCUGGGGACGUGGGUGGGUUCCCAUAGGCGAUAUUGAAAUGCCAGCCGUGACCCUGGGCUCCCAGCCUGCCCCUUACUCUCCUGGAGCCGUAUGCCGGCCCCCGCGGCAGCAGCAGGCUGAGAUUCAGCUUCCGGCUCAGCAGCGUCAUGGGGUGUGACGGGGCGCCUGCCCCACACUGGCCCUGCGGGGGUUCAAACCAGCCUAGGGCGGCUGAGUGCCAGGCAGCCAAAGGAGUGGCUGCCAGGGAAACAACCAAUUAGGGCAGACACUCAGUCUGGGCCCAGGCGGCCCAUACUAAAGGGAGCUGCAGAGCAGAGCGAGUGAGUCUGCUGCAGGGAGUCCUAGGGAGAAGACUGACUUUCUAGAGGGCUACAGAGAGACCAGAUCCUGGGGAGGGGCAGGUGCUAGCAGGGACCAGGGGAGCUAGAGAGGGCUCCUGGUGGCUGCCAGGACUUACAGGCUUGAGGCCCUGGGAAGAGGGCAAAGGAGCUGGAGCCAGAGGCAGGAGCAGACGGAACUGAGGCCAUGGGGAAGUGGCCCAGGGAUUUGACAGACUGGUGGUGAAAGAAAGGAGGGUCAGCGGGAAGCUGCUGUUUGUAGGGUCCCUGGGCUGGGACCCAGAGUAGUGGGUGGGCCUGGGUCCCCCCCCAAAACCACUCACCGCUGAAGAAGUGACCAGGCUAUGGACUGCCAAGCUGCCGCGAGGAGCGGCUAGACUCUUGCGGAUGGAGUCCCCCGGAAGGGGGGAACCCGGAUUGAGACACGGCUGGAGGACACGAAGCAGAGGCAGUGAGACGGGAACUGCAGUGGAUCUGCAGGUGGAGACGAGGACAGGAGAGCCACCACCACUGGAGGGCACACCCGCUGACCAGAGCUAAUUCCCGAACUGGCCGGCAGGAGGCAGUGGUGUGGUGUCUCCAGAACUAUAUCCCGCCCCAGAGCCUCACCCUGUCCUGCCCCGUGUGCCGCCAGACCUCCAUCCUGCCCGAGCAGGGCGUGGCCGCGUUGCAGAGCAACUUCUUCAUCACCAACCUCAUGGAGGUGCUGCAGCGCUCCCCCGAGGGCAGCAGCCGCCCGGACGCCGCCGCGCUGGACCCCGUCAGCGCCGUCACCGGCCAGCCACUCUCCUGCCCCAACCACGAGGGCAAGGUGAUGGAGUUCUACUGCGAGUCGUGCGAGACGGCCAUGUGCCACGAGUGCACAGAGGGGGAGCACCGGGAGCACAUCACCGUGCCGCUGCGCAACGUGGUGGAGCAGCACAAGGCCGCGCUGCAGCAGCAGCUCGACGCCAUCAAGAGCCGGCUGCCCCAGCUGACGGCUGCCAUCGGGCUGGUGACCGAGAUCAGCAAGCAGCUCCUGGAGCGGAAGAACGCGGCUGUGGGUGAGAUCAGCGGCUCCUUCGCAGAGCUGGAGCAGGCCCUACAGCAGCGCAAGGGGCUGCUCGUGCGUGACCUGGAGGCCACCUGCAGCGCCAAGCAGAAGGUAGCCCUUCCCCCUUCCCCUCCCCUCUAUUUGCCUGUGGUCUGGUGCUCUGGUCUGGCUGGGGUCAGCCCCCGCCUCUCAGCAAGUGCCCCUGGUGGGAGAUUUGUACCCAAAGGGAGCCAGGCACCCCCCGGCCUGACUGCAGUAACUCCGCCAGCGGGGACGGCAGCCCGGCGGCCCCCCACGUCACAGCCCCCCCCCCAGCCCCUCCUCCGCCCUUUGCUCUCCAGCUGGUCGCACCGGCUGGCUCCCGGCAGCACGGGGCCCAUCCCUGGGUGUUAGUUGCUAGGUGCCAGAUGUCCGGGCAGUUGGAGGGGCUUGUGGGGCUCCCCAUGGCCGUGGGCCCCAGACAGCCAGGCGCAGUCACAGCCGACCCCUGGGUCUCUGCCAGCCACCUUUCCCCACCUAGUGAGCCACGCCCAACCCAGGGGAAACUGAGGCACACAAUAUUUAUCUAAAAUAUGCAAUAUUCCCACUGCAUCACAGCCCCCUACCCCCCCAGCCCUGCUUGACCCACCCAGCACCUCCAGAGCCCCCUGCACUUACCCCCCAUAGACCCUGCCAUGCAGAGCAACUGCGAGACAGGUACAAGGAAGUGCCCCCAGGCCUG